AUAAUGACAGGAUGGCGGAGGCAGGGGGACCGGAGUCCACUGCGGCCCGGUGUCCGGACGAGUCAUCGGACAGCGAGCCUGAACAGGAGCCCGGAUCUCCCCAGAAACUCAUUCGGAAAGUAUCCACGUCCGGUCAGAUCCGCAGCAAGACCGUUUUGAAGGAAGGGACGCUUAUGAAACAGACCAGCUCCUUCCAGCGCUGGAAGAGACGAUACUUCAAGCUAAGAGGAAGGACUCUGUACUACGCUCAGACCAGUAAGUCGAUCAUCUUUGACGAGGUGGACCUGACGGACGCCAGCGUGGCCGAAUCCAGCACCAAGAACGUCAACAACAGCUUCACUGUGAUCACCCCCUGCAGACGCCUCAUUCUGUGUGCUGACAACAGGAAGGAGAUGGAGGAAUGGAUGGCAGCGCUGCGCAGCGUCCAGAACAGACAGAACUAUGAGUCCACGCAGUACAGCAUGGACCACUUCAGCGGGAUGCACAACUGGUACGCCUGCUCCCACGCCAGACCCACGUACUGCAACGUGUGUAGAGAGGCUCUGUCAGGAGUCACAUCCCACGGCCUGUCCUGUGAAGUGUGUAAGUUUAAGGCUCACAAGCGCUGCGCGGUCCGAGCCACCAACAACUGUAAGUGGACAACUCUGGCUUCUAUCGGGAAGGACAUCAUCGAGGAUGAGGACGGGGUGUCCAUGCCUCAUCAGUGGCUGGAGGGGAAUCUUCCCGUCUCAGCUAAGUGUAGCGUCUGUGAUAAGACAUGCGGCAGCGUCCUCCGGCUGCAGGACUGGAGGUGUCUGUGGUGUAAAGCCAUGGUUCACUCAGGCUGCAAGGAGCAGUUGUCGUCCAAGUGUCCUCUGGGUCAGUGCAAAGUGUCUGUCAUUCCUCCGACAGCACUCAACAGCAUCGAUUCAGAUGGGUUCUGGAAGGCGUCCUGUCCUCCGUCCUGCACCAGUCCUCUGCUGGUUUUUGUAAACUCGAAAAGUGGAGACAAUCAGGGCGUGAAGUUCCUGCGCCGUUUCAAACAGCUGCUGAACCCGGCGCAGGUGUUUGACCUGAUGAACGGAGGACCUCACCUGGGCCUGCGACUCUUCCAGAAGUUUGACACGUUCCGGAUCCUGGUUUGUGGAGGAGACGGCAGCGUCGGGUGGGUUCUUUCUGAGAUCGAUGCCCUGACGCUUCACAAACAGGUACCAAAUUGUCAGCUGGGUGUCCUUCCUCUUGGAACCGGGAACGACCUGGCUCGGGUUCUGGGCUGGGGCUCGGCCUGCGACGACGACACGCAGCUUCCUCAGAUACUGGAGAAACUAGAGAGAGCUAGCACCAAGAUGCUGGACAGAUGGAGCAUAAUGGUCUAUGAGACAAAGUUUCCACGGCAACACUCCGCCUCCACUGUCACAGAGGACUGCAGUGAUGACUCUGAGGUCCAGCAGAUUCUAACCUAUGAGGACUCGGUCGCUGCUCACCUCACAAAGAUCCUGACCUCAGACCAGCAUUCAGUCGUCAUCUCCUCAGCCAAAGUUCUGUGCGAGACCGUGAAGGACUUUGUGGCCCGUGUUGGUAAAGCGUAUGAGAAGAACACCGAAAAUUCAGAGGAGUCUGAGGCCAUGGCCAAGAAGUGCGGCGUUCUGAAGGAGAAACUCGACUCACUGCUGAAGACUCUGAACGAGGAGUCUCAGGCCUCAUCGCUGCUCCCCCCCGCUCCUCCGCCUACCAUCGCUGAGGAACAGGAGGAGCUGGAAGUGGCCGGUCUGCCUCCUCCUCUUCAUCCCGCCCCUCCUUCGCACCCCACCUGUUCGCCGCGUACAACGCCCCCUCCAUCCACAGCGGCCGCCAUUUUUAAACCUCGGGAGCAGCUGAUGUUGAGAGCCAACAGCCUGAAGAAGGCGAUCCGACAAAUUAUCGAGCACACGGAGAAAGCUGUGGACGAGCAGAACGCUCAGACCCAGCAGCCGCCGCACAUGUUCUCCGUGGGUCCGGCUGAGCAGCAGGUGGGUCUGGUGGAAGAAGAGGAUGAGGAAGAGUGUGACGAGGAUAAGACGUCCCUGCAGUCGUCCUUUAGUGCCAAGCUGCGUAGCAGCCGCAGAGUCAGCAAGACGCCGUGUGAAAAACUGAUCCAAAAAGCCAUCCUGCCACUGGGGAGCUCCGCUUCACUUCCUGCCCAUACAGGAUGCAGAGACAACAUGCCAAUGCUGAAUACAAAGAUCUUGUAUCCAGGCUCUCUGACGAGUAGCUCGGUCAUCAGUCGGCUGCUGGUCAACGCCGACCCGUUCAGCUGCGACGCCGACAACAUGGACUGCUACACUGAGAAGUGCGUCAUGAACAACUACUUUGGCAUCGGGCUGGAUGCUAAGAUCACUCUGGACUUUAACAACAAAAGAGACGAGCACCCAGAAAAAUGCAGGAGCCGCACCAAGAACCUGAUGUGGUACGGUGUGUUGGGAACCAAAGAGCUGCUACACAGAACCUACAAGAACCUGGAACAGAGAGUCCUGCUGGAAUGUGACGGGCGGUCCAUCCCCCUCCCCAGUCUGCAGGGAAUCGCUGUGCUCAACAUCCCAAGUUACGCAGGAGGAACCAACUUCUGGGGCGGAACCAAGGAGGACGAUACCUUCACUGCGCCAUCAUUCGACGAUAAGAUCCUGGAGGUGGUUGCCGUGUUCGGCAGCAUGCAGAUGGCCGUAUCAAGAGUCAUCAACCUGCAGCACCACCGCAUUGCCCAGUGUCGAACAGUGAAGAUCACCAUCCUUGGGGACGAAGGUGUCCCGGUUCAGGUGGACGGGGAGGCCUGGAUUCAACCUCCCGGAUACAUUAAGAUCAUACACAAGAACCGGACCCAGACGUUGACCAGAGACCGGGCCUUUGAGAACACCCUGAAGUCCUGGGAGGACAAACAGAAAUGUGAGUUCCCUCAGCCCCAGCCCUCCCUGCCCCCCCAGCCAGAGAACGUCUCUGAGGAGGAGGCCUUGCUGGUCAGCGAGUUUGGCCGGGCAGCUGGAGCCCUCAUCCACAGUAUCCGGGAGGUGGCCCAGUUCCACCACAGCAUGGAACAGGAACUGGCUCACGCUGUUAACGCCAGCUCCAAAGCCAUGGAUGUGGUCUACGCUAAGAGCUCCGAGGCUCUCAGCUGCAGCUCUGUGGUCAAUAUGGUCAGCGACGUCAAGGCUUUGCUCAGCGAGACCGAAUUGCUCCUGGCUGGAAAGAUGUCCAUGCAGUUGGACCCUCCUCAGCAGGACCAGCUAAAUGCAGCUCUGGGUUCUGUGGCUCAGGAGCUCCGUCGCCUAUCUGAUGUCCCCUGGUUGUGUCCCGUCAUCGACCCGUCGGACCCGGAGGGUCUUCUGGUGGAUUUCUCCAAACGGAGUCAAAGUGGAAAAUUUCGUCUCGUCUCAAAGUUCAAGAAGGACAAAAACAACAAGAACAAAGAGAUGUGCGCCACCCUGUCCCUGCCAGUUCACCAGUGGGGGACCGAGGAAGUGGGGGCUUGGUUGGACUUCCUCUGUCUUUCUGAGUAUAAGGACAUUUUUACUGGUCAUGAUGUCCGUGGAGCUGAGCUGAUCCACCUGGAGAGGAGGGACCUGAAGGACCUUGGAGUGACGAAGGUCGGCCACAUGAAGAGGAUCCUACAGGGCAUCAAGGAGCUUACGAGGAACAGCAGCGCCAGCGAGGCCUAACUACCUCCAGGAACUGCUGCCUGCUGUCCUUCUACCUCUGCUGCCUUUCUCCACCGCCCAGAAACCAGGUCCAAAACCCCAGGUCUAGAACCGGUGCUCAGCAAAAUGGAAACCAGCAUUUCACAGGAACCAGCCGGUUCUCCCCUAAAGAAAAGGACCAAUCAAAUGAUCCACUAGUGCCUUUACAUUCCAACCAGAACCCACCGGCUAAACUCAGAGCCUGCAGCCGGCCCGGUUCUCAGUGAAAAAUCUCCAGAUCAGAACCAUCUAAUCUAUUCUAAUCAGAUCAAUCUGUUCCAUCUCUGACCAUUUCCUAAGAAUCUGUUUCUGAACAGUCAGAAGCUGGUUUUUCUUCUGAGUGCUAAAGACUGUCAACUGAUCCGGUUCUGACCCGCUUUGCUGGGCUGUAAUUCCUUGGUUGAAUCCUUAAGUAAUUCUGAAGAACAUAAACUCCUUGUGUUGCGUUCAGGUUCUGAUGGAUUUCUGAACGAGCUGCUCACAGGUUUCCUAUAUGAAGUAAAUCAAAUUCCUAAAAGUGUGUUUGGAGACCAAACAGAACCACAGACUGGGUCUGAAUUCUGUUUAUAUUUUCUUAUUAACGACUUUUAGAUGGUGGAGAUUUUUCACAGACUGAACCAGAACCCUGACCGGGUUCUAGCUGGGCCAGGCCAGCUGCAGCUCUAUGAGCCAAAUUCUGGACUGGAGUGAGCCGGAACCGAACCACGGUGAUGCUCAAUUAUCACUCGGAUCCCGCUCUGGUUUACCCUCUACGGAACAUCGUAACCCAGCUGAUUCUUUAGAACCUCCUCCCGUUUCAUCUUUUGGACCAGGAUCCAGCAGAACCCUUUAAACAACAGCUCGGAGACGAAAAACCAAACCUUUAAAGGCCCCAAACCCCUUAAUCAGAACAAAAGACUCCCAAGAGAGACAGAAUGAGACCCGACCUGACAACCCUCUGAUCCCGUCCGGGUGAUCCAACCCGACAGUUAGUUGUUUCUGGGUCGUCUAAGCCCAAAUGAGCUCCUCUUAUUAACUUUUGCAUGGUGGUUCUGAUUAUAAAUUGUCAGAACACUUUUAGUCCUAUUCACGUUUUUGGGUCCAAAGUUAAAAGAUAGAAAGAAAAUUUGAAUACUGAAGCAAUCCAUCAGAUUCAAGUACCUGGACUUGGCCUAAUAUCAGGAACCAGAACCACCGUCUGGGUUCAUGUUCUGCUGCAGCUCCAGGGUUCUGCUUCUAGCUCUGAUCAAACCCUGGUUGAUGUUCCAGAUUUAACGGAUCAGCUGUCAGAUGGAGACUCUGACGUCCCACAGUCCUCUAACGCACCAGCAGAUGAAGAUCAACCACAGACUGAACGUUUCUCAUCAGUCAGUUGAUGCCUUAAACACCCAGAGAGGGGUCAUGAUCGGGUCAGCGGCUCCCGAUCGCCUCCUGAGUGUCGCCAUGUUGUCUGCUGUCAGCCUUUAGCUUCUGUUUUCUAUAGAUCGUUUGUGUUCUACAGUGUUUGGGAUCGGAUUUUUAGAUUCAGAUGUUUCCAAAUGUUUGUAUUAUGGCUCCAAAUGUUCUAACCCGGAGCCCGGCAUUUAAAAUAUUUGACCCAGACAUUUUUUCAAACUUUUUCUAGCUACUUAAGGUCCCAAAUGUCUCCAAACUCUGGACUCAAGGUCUACUAUCCUGCUUCACAUAUAUUUCAGAUUCUUUAUCCAGGUGUUCAAGUCUAGUUCUUGAUGUUUCCGAAGCUUCAUCCAGCUGUUUUAUAGUCGACCUAGACACACCUGAGCCUUCAGGUUCUGGGACCUGACCCUGAUACAUGCAGGUAUAGAUCCAGAUUCUUCUGAGCCGGGAUCCAGAUGUUUUAAGAGUCCUGCUGCAGAUGUUUUAGAUUCUUAAUCAUUGUGUUUUGUGUCAUUUCUAGAGCUUAAAGUGUGGAUUUAAACGUUUCUGAGUCCAUUCUCCUCUCUUCCAAAAUUCUAGUUCCAUACUCUGAUCCUGUUCUGGUUCUGUUAGCUUCAAAUCUUUGAUUUGGAUGUUUUAGAACCUGGGCCAAAACCUCCACAUUAUUGAUCCAGAUGUUUGCACCUCUUCCCUGAUGUUUGAGUCCUAUUCAAAGUAUUUCAGAGGCUAGAAUCUGCCUCCAGAUGUUUCAGAUUCCAGAAGUUUUUUUUUUAACACAUGGACCCAAGCCCAGAUGAUACACAGGCUUCCAGAUGUUUCAGAUCCUGAAUGCUGAUAUUCAACGUUUAACAUCUUUGGUCUCGACAUUUGUUAUCUGGUUCCUGAAAGUCAAACAAUUCAUAAAAUCGACCCAGAGUUAUCCUGCUACAGAUGUUUCUUAGUCCUGAAUUUCCUGGUCUGGACCCAGAUGUUUUCAAGUUUUGUUGUUUAGGUUUUUUCAAGUUAUUGAUCCAGAUGUUUGUGUUUAGUUCCCCGUUUUUCUGAUUCUGCGUUUACGCACUGAAAUGUCUUAGUUUGGACACAUCUUAGGGAAAUGCCAUAACUGAGAUAUUUCAGAGUCCUAACUUGUAAAGUUCUGGAUCCUAAUUUUAUGUUUUUAUUUUUUUACCUCUGGAUCCAGACCCUGAAACAUCCAGAUCCUCCUCAGUGCCUUGCUCAAGGGCAUGUUGGACAUGUUUCUGUACUAGUCUGAUGAUGCAUCUAUUUAUUGAGUAAUUUAUGACUGAAUGCUGACCCUGUUCUGGUCGCAGGGGCGCCCCCUGCAGGGCUGUCAUUGUAAAUACAGAGAACAACUGAAACCUGUGGAAAAUAAACUUUGUGUUUCCCCUGAAACAUUUUCUUUUGGCUUCUCUGUGAAAAAC